CAACAAGGCAUACUGUAACUCACAUUUCUAUCAAUAUGAUCCAUCAAUAUCACCACAAAGCAUUGAAACUGGCUGCUACUUGUACUCGCCGACAAAUUCUCGCACGGGGAAUGGCCACCGCCAAUUCAGUUGUUUCAGGUCCUGUUAGCUUCUCUCUCAGCGAUGACCAAAGAGGUAUUCAAGAGCUGGCAACUAAGUUCACCCGGGAUGUUAUCGUUCCCCAAGCAGCUGAGUAUGACAGGACCAUGGAGUAUCCGUGGCCCAUCCUCAAAGAGGCCCACUCCUUGGGCCUGCUCAAUACACAUAUCCCCGAAGCUUAUGGAGGGCCUGAGCUAGGAUUACUGGAAUGUGCGAUUAUCUCAGAAUCUCUUGCUUUCGGGUGUUCUGGUAUCCAAACUGCAAUGGAAGCGAAUGGCUUAGCCGAAGCGCCUUUGAUCGUAGCAGCAUCUCACGAACAGAAGCGAAAGUACCUAGGACGAAUGACGGAGGAACCUUUGAUGGCAGCUUAUUGUGUGACUGAACCUGGAGCCGGAUCUGAUGUGGCAGGCAUCAAGACUAGAGCCGAGAAGAAGGGUGAUAAAUGGGUACUCAAUGGGAGCAAGAUGUGGAUAACAAAUGCUGGGCAUGCUAACUGGUUUUUCGUGCUCGCGAUUACGGACCCCGAAGCUUCCCCGAGCAGGGGCAUGACUGGAUUUAUCGUGGACGCGGACACCGAUGGUAUCAUCUUAGGAAAGAAGGAGAUAAACAUGGGACAACGAGCCUCUGAUACAAGAAUGGUCACGUUCGAAGAUGUUAUCGUCCCCGAAGAGAACGUAUUGGGAUCGCCAGGAGAAGGGUUCAAAAUCGCUAUGAAAGCAUUUGAUAUUACGCGUCCCCUGGUAUCGGCAGCUGCUGUUGGUCUAGCCCAAAGAGCCCUUGAAGAAGCUACUAAGUACGCCCAAGAAAGACAUACCAUGGGCCAGCCAAUUAUCAACCACCAGGGUGUAGCUUUCAUGUUGGCCGACAUGGCGAUCGGAGUUGAAGCGGCUCGUGGACUGGUCUGGAAAGCUGCUUGGGCGAAGGACUGCAGGCAACGCAACACGUUCUAUGCGUCGAUGGCCAAAGCCUUUGCUGGAAAAACCGCGGUUGAGAAUGCUAACCUUGGCGUACAAGUCUUUGGUGGCGCUGGAUUCAACACUGAGAUGCCGAUGGAAAAGUUGUAUCGUGACGCCAAGAUUUAUGAACUUUAUGAAGGGACUUCCCAAAUCCAGAAGCUAAUCGUCUCAAAGCACUUGCCUUCUCUAUACCCAGCUGCAUAAUAUGCUGGGCAUAUACGAAGACGAAGCCGGGACAUGAUGAAGGAAGAAGUGAAAAGUAAGAGGGUGAGUAGACGAUGUUGUAACAAGGGAGGAUCGAGGAAAGUCAAGCUGGCAAAGCAAACUGGAGCGUUGAGAGGGAAACGGUUUGUAUAGUUUCUGAGAUCAGAAGAUAUGUAAUGAAAAUGAUGAUUGUAGACAACCCAACCGAAGCAGGGACAGCAAUUGCUGUGACAGGAUCAGUGAAGCUUUGUACAGUACAUGCUCUUUCUACAAUAAUAGUAAAGGGAC